AUGAUUAGAGGUAUUAAAUUUUUAAAUACCAAAUCUGGUGUGAUCACAUCAAUGAAUAGAUUCCAAAGUAGAUCAUUCAUAAAUUCAACCAUAAAAUCAACAUCAUUUUUAAAUAACACCAACAAUAAAAUUACAUACAAGAGAUCAUAUUCAACUGAUCCAAAUAAUAAUAGUAGCAACAUUACAGAUCUUUCAUCAACUACAAGCAAUAUUACAGAUUUAUCAACCAAUGCAACCAAUAUUGUAAAUGGUAUAAAAUAUGCAGAUUAUGUUAAAACCGAAACCAUAUCACCAGACGAAAGUUUAAUUUCAGCCUUUUUCUCAAAAAUAAAUUUUGAUAAUAUUGAAGUUUUAAAUGGAUUACACGAAAAUUAUGGAUUAUCAUGGGUAGCAAUUAUCGCUGGUAUGGCAUUAGCAUUACGUGUCACAACAUUCCCGGUAACCUUAAGAACUCAAAGAAUUAGUGCAAAAAUGAGAAUGGUUAGACUAGAAACUGAAAAGCAUGGUUAUCUUAAUGAUGGUACAACUGAAGGAAGAUUAAAAUUAAUGCAACUCCAACAACAAAUUAUGAAAAAAUAUAAUGUUUCUCCAUUAUCUGCCAUUGGUCCAAAUCUUGUACUCUUACCACUUUUAAUUUAUCCAUUCCUUAUUAUUCGUCAAAUUAGUGAUCACACUACUCUUUUAGAUAAUACCUCUUUCUUAUGGGCUGACAGCCUUUCAGCAGUUGAUCCAUACUACUUAUUACCAAUUCUCUCAUCUGCUUUCCAACUCUUAUCAACCCGUUUUACAUUGACUGCUGAUACUCAUCCACUUAUGAAAGGUUUUAUGUAUUCAAUUAGUGUUUUACCAUUACUUUUCACAAUUCAUUUUUCAGCUGGUCUUAAUGUUUAUUGGUGCACAAAUUCCAUUCUUUUCAGUUUAACAAAUUUAUUCUUUAAAUCUAAAUUUGGUGCAAACCUGUUUGGUCUUCCAUAUGAUGAUCCAAAAUCCUUAAAAAAUGAAAAAAUUGUUAUUGCACCAGAUCAAUUCACUCCAGUUAAAACUAUUGAAGAAAUUAAAGAUUUUGAAGAUAUUGGAAAAAAAGAAAAACUUCAAGAGCAAAUUAGAGCCAAAAACGAAUUGAUCGAAAAAAGAAAAGAAGAAUUAAAAGCUUUUAGAAGAAAGAAAAAUUAA